UUACUAUAGCUAUGACAUAAGGAUGAAGUGCUUGUCAUUUUGUUAUCAAUAUCCCAAGACGUUAUUUAUAUCUUGGAAUAGUCUUGGAAUAAAUUAUUCUUAUUCUUAAUCAAGGGUCCCAAAAUCGAAGAAUCAAGGCUUUACAAUGUUUUCAAAGAUCCACUCGUGGCCGACGCUGCGGCGCUCGGAGUCGGGGUCGGAUGCCUCUCAGUCUUCCCGGUCACGCUUCCACAGCGUGUCACUGCCAGUCAUGGACACAGCUGAUGUGCACAUUACCAGGAAACCCGCGCCCUUUGUGAUCCGCUGGAUAUACGGGUGCAACUGGCGCGCGGGCGUUGUGAACCUCAAGCUGACGGCGCCGUGGGAGACGCGCGUGCUGUACGCGGCCGGCAGCUGCGCCGUGCUCUACGACUGGACCAAGCACCAGCAGAGGAUACUGGAAGGCCAUAGGCACACGGUGACGAACAUAGCGGCGAACGGGGACGGUAAGAUCCUGGUGACGGCAGACUCCGGGCCGGAGGACGCGGUGAUCGUGUGGGACGCGCGCGACCUGCUGCCGCUCCGCACCAUCUUCAGCCCCCACGGCGCUAGCAGACUACACAAGAUGGCCGUCAGCGCCGACGCCAAGUAUAUCCUGACUGUCGCCUGCCAGGACCAAGCGACGGUGCACUGGUGGAUAUGGUCCAACGGCCUCGAUACGCCGGAAGCCAGUCACUCGUUUGCUGUGGGUCGAGGAGGCAUCGUCGACAUGGGCUUCGACCCCGGCCGCUCCGAGCAGUUCGUGGUGCUGGCCAGGUAUCAGCUGUGGAUUGGAUUAGCAGCAAAAAAAAUUAACAAGGAGCUCGGAGAAACAAGAGAAACGGACGAUUACGAGCUGAAAAUGCGUCCUAUAGGGGGAUCCAUGCCGGAGUGGGGGAGGUUCUCCUGCUACACCUUCGUGGAGAAUUCCUCGCGGGUGCUGGUGGCCACCACCAGGGGCCGCGUGCUGGUGUACAGCGGUGGAAACGGAGACCAAGUUAUGGAUUACGACCGCCUCAAAAACGUCAAGACGCUGCACAUCGAAGACAGAGCUAUACAUGUGAUAAAAAGCAUUGAUGGAAUUAUCGCGACGGCUAACUCUGGCGGCGAGGUGAAAUUCUACGACGAGGACAUGCGGCUGGUGUACGUGAUGCGCGACCGGCUCGGCGCUGUCCGGUGGAUCAGCUUCGACCUCUUCCCCAGAAAUAUCAAGAUUUUCAACCCUAAAUGCAAGAAGAUAUGUCCAUGCUGGGAGAAGGUGGCAACCAGUUCUGACUCUACCGGCGCGCCGUGCGACAAGCUGCUGCGACACAACCUGCCGCACGACUACUGUGUUGAACCUAAGCCCUUUGUCGCCAGGAACUUCUUUGUCUGUACGCGUGACGAAGGUAUCAAGUACGUGGAGUUUUUAACCGGGAAAGUGCUGACCGUCGUGGACUGCAGGGGCGCUGCGGCGGCCGCCGUCACCGUGCACCCGGAAAUUCCCCUGCUCUGCGUCGGCACUGUUGACGGUGCGGUGGAACUGUACGACGGCGGGCGGCGGCGGCUCGCGCGCCGGCUCGACCUUCGAGACUCACUCGGGGCUGAGAAGCACGACGACCGGAGACUCGCGGUGACUACCAUAGAGUACUCGCCCGAAGGAUUGCAUCUCGCUUGUGGUCUCAACAGUGGGAAAUUAUUAUUCUUACACCCGACAUUUCUGAGUAUAAAAGAGGAGAAGGACCAUACCAGAUACCCCAUAACGCACAUCCGAUACAGUGGAGACGCCAAGUUGUUAGCAACGGCGGACAAAGGCAGGUACGUGUGCGUGUACAAAUACGAUGACGGCUGGCGGUACAUCGACAAGCGGCAGGCGCACUACAAACCCAUCACCUCUCUGUUCUUCACGCCGAGCGGCCUCGUGUCGCUGGGCUUGGACCGGAUGAUGGUGGUGUACGAAGUUGGUGAUGGGGUGAAGGUGGUCAGCAGUAACAGAGUGGAGCAGUCGGCGUUGCCGCUGACCGGUAUACCGUGGCCGACGCCACCUGGGCUGGAUGAGGAGACUUUUCAUGUGGACCUGCGGCUGGUGUUGGUUGCUAAUGAUCAGUUCAAAUACAAGAUAGUGAACAGCUCUACCGGUACCUGUCUAUCCACCGUCCUCGGCCCGCGGUUCUCGCACCCGGCCCGCCGCCUGUACCUCGUCAGCAGAACCGCUGAUGAUGAGCAGCAGCAGUACCUGGUGUUCAUCACGAAGGACGUCGUAGGGCUGCAGAAGAUGCCGCUGGACGGGAACCCGUGGAAGCAUGUGGCGAUGUUGGGGCAUCCGCUGCAGGUGGUGGACUCGUGCUACCACGAGCGCAGCGGCGCACUCUUUACCAUCGGAGCCAAGGACUGUUGUGUGACGCAGUGGGAGACUGUAUUCAAGUCAGUGGAGACGACAACGAAGCGCGGCGGCUGCGGCCUGGAGCCCUACUACUGCCUGCUGGAUGGCGGCCGCCCCGGCUGGCUGUUCCAGGAGAUACGAGACCUGUUCUACUAUGUCCAGGUGGUGUGUCAGGGCACGUUUACGCCGGUAGCUCGGCGCGUGCGCGACCACAUCCCGGUCGACGCGCUGCCCGACCUCAUGAGGACGCUAGGCUUCUUCCUUACGGAGUACGAGGCAGAGAAUCUGAUCACCGAAGCGAAGUACGACGUGUACCGACGGCAGCCCUCAUACGAGGUGGACUUCGAGCAGUUCGUGAUGCUGUACCUAAACCACCGGCCCGCGCUCGGCGACAACUACAAGCAGGUGAGGGCUGCCUUCCGCCUCUUCGCGGAGCUGCGAGCCGCACCAGCCCUUCCUCGCGACGCGUUCAUUGCCGUGCUCGCACAAAAUGGAGAAUGUUUCUCCCGGGAGCUCAGCUGGUACCUGCUGUCAGUGUUGUGUGAGAUGUGCCCGGAGACCAGAAGCAACAUGGUGGAAGAGGACUUCUCCUUUAUGCCUGAGAAUAUAUCACUGAAGGACUUCUUAACAAGUAUACUGGGAGUGCAAGAAGUGGAGUGUUCUGACCAGUCCGUCAAGGAGUCCAUAUACUCUGCUGCUACAUCCUCCACGGCCACUGGAUCUACAGUUCCUUACUAUUAAAUAAUUUUACUCAUAAGCUACGAAUAAU